CAUGGAUGGGUCAGAUUGACCCGAUGUGACAGUGCGUGUAUAAAAAGAAAACAGCUGACAGGCGACUCCAGAAGACUUCAGUGACAAACCAAACAAGAUACACCAUGAUCCCAGCCACCUUCAAGCUCUGCGCGGCCAUCUCUUACCAGCACAUCCGCACCGUGACAGGUUUGAGACACACAGCUGUGGCAGCUCUCGGACACAAACUCCAUCAGCUCAGGCUUCAGAAUCAAGGGUCCAGCUCCCGGGUCAGUCAGGUUCGCAGGAGGAGCUCCCUCAUCAGUUACUGUCUCGAAGAGAAGCCGUACUCUGAGGCAGAGAUGGCGUACAUUAAACAGGCCGAAGAAGCCCUGCAGAAAUCCAUCUCCAUUCUGCAGGACGGAAGUGGGUGGAAGUCCGAAAUCGAAGCGGCCAACGGUGACAAAGUCGUCAGCAAAACACUUCCAGAUAUUGGCAAAGUCUUCAAGCUUGAGGUGGAGAUGGACAAAUCAUUAGAUCUGCUCUACAGUGAGCUGUUUGACAAGGUCGAACAGAUGGGAGAGUGGAACCCGAACAUUAAACAAGUGAAGAUCCUGAAAAAGAUCAACCCGGAAACGAUGUUGACUCAUGAGGUUUCCACGGAGACCGCAGGCAAACUCAUCAGCCCCAGGGACUUUGUGAGCGUGCGCUAUGCCAAGAGACGGGGCUCAACCUGCUUCCUGGCUGGGAUGUCCACCCAUUGUGACAUGAUGCCCGAGCAAAAUGGCAUCAUCAGGGCUGAGAAUGGGCCCACUUGUAUCGUCCUGCGCCCCUCUGCUGAAGAUCCAAACAAGACCAGGUUCACAUGGCUGCUGAGUAUUGACCUGAAGGGCUGGUUGCCAAAGUCUCUCAUUGACCAGGCUCUCUCCCAAUCCCAAGCUGACUUCGCCCAACAUCUCCGCCGUCACCUGGAUUCCAACAAUGCUACUCCUGCAACUAUCUUCUCCGUGAACUACACCAGUCCCCCUGGGGAAGGGGUCCCAGCUAAGAAUGCCCAUUCUCUUGAUCCCAAUUUGUUCUGGAUGUCUGCCCCAUUUAAAACCAUGCUGGCCAGAGACACAGGGCACAAACUGUAA